GACGUCAUGCCCUCUCCUCCCCGCCCCCCAUCAUGGCGGCGGCGGCGGCAAAUUAGGGCAGAGCUCGCACCGCCUGGCGCGCGCGCGCGCGCGCGCGCCCACCACCCCCGGCGGCCCGACCCGGAGCAGCGCCGCUCCUCGCUCGGCCCGCCCGCCCCCUCCUCUUCCUCCUCCUCCCCCCGCCCCGCAGCGCUCGCAGUCUUCCUCAGUUACCCAGAGAAAACCCUACGUGUCCCAUAAGAGCAGUGCUGCAUUGCAAGCCAACCCGAUGGCGUCCUCUACUGCUGUGCCUGUAGGAUUUCACUAUGAAACAAAAUAUGUAGUUCUCAGCUACCUAGGACUUUUAGCACAAGAGAAGCCUCAGGAGCAUCCUCCUUCUUCAACUCAAGGGACUCAACAACAGCUUAUGGCACAACAUGCUUCAGAGAAAGAGGCUUUGGAGAAGAUUAAAAUAGAAAUUGAGGAGGAGCUAAAACAUCUUGAUGAAGAAAUCUUGGAAGCAUUUACCACGACAGGAUUUGACUGCCACACUUCCCCAGUGUUCAGCCCUGCCAAUCCAGAGAGCUCAAUAGAAGACUGCCUGGCUCACCUGGGGGAGAAGGUGUCCCAGGAAUUGAAAGAACAUCUGCACAAAGCACUGCAGACCUUGCUUAGCAAGCCGGUGACUUAUCAAGAAUAUCGAGAGCGCACACAGGAGACAGCCGCUCAUGCCAGUGGAUGGAACAAGGUCUUGGUACCCCUGGUUCUGCUACAACAAUUUCUGAUGGAGUUAACCAGACGGGGCCAGGAACCACUGAGCGCACUUGUGAACUUUGGGGUGACAUAUCUAGAAGACUAUUCUGCAGACUAUAUCAUUCAACAAGGAGGAUGGGGGACGGUCUUUACUUUGGAAUCCGAAGAGGAAGAGUACCCCGGGCUCAUCGCAGAGGAUAGUAAUGACAUCUACAUCCUGACCAGUGACAACUCGGGACAGGUGAGCCCCCCGGAGUCCCCCACGGUGACCACGUCGUGGCAGUCGGAGAGCCUGCCCGUCUCCCUGUCAGCGAGCCAGAGCUGGCACACAGAGAGCCUGCCAGUCUCCCUGGGACCCGAGUCCUGGCAGCAAGUGGCCAUGGAUCCUGAAGAAGUCAAAAGCCUGGACAGCAACGGAGGGGGUGAAGAAAGGAGUGAGAACAACUCUUCCAACUCAGAUAUUGUUCAUGUGGAGAAGGAAGAGAUACCGGAGGGGAUUGAGGAAGCAGUGGUGUCAGCUGUCGCUGCAGAGACCAUGCAGGCGGCGUUUCCAGAACCCCCUGCUUCUUUACAGGAAGUAAAACCUCAAGCUGAAAUUGCUGCUGUUGAAAAAGCACAUCCUUCCGCACUUCUGUGUACAAAACAGGAGGAAAAGGGAAAAGUGGCUGAAGAGCUUGUUGAACCUGAAAUCCCUGUAUUAAGUAAACCUGUCCCAAAGUUAGUCCCAUCAGAAGAAAAGGCUGCACCAGAACCUGAGAAAAUACUGCCUCCAGGGGAAAAAAAAGUGGGGAAAGAGGGCCGUUUGGAAGAAAUAGAAGAGAAAUCCUCUGCUGCGGAGGAGAAGCCUAUCUUAUUGCCGGAAGGGAAAUCUAUAUUGCUGUACGGUGGGGCUGCUGCGGUAGCUAUAUUAGCUGUAGCAGUUGGAGUAGCGCUGGCGCUUAGAAAAAAGUAACAGAGCUCUCUUGAGGAGGAGGGGGGAGAGAGAAGAGAGCGCGAUCCGAUUUUUGUAGUUGUGUUACCUAAAGGUUGAGCUGCCUGCUGUUUAAUUGGACAUUUGAGUAACUUAAUGGUGAUGGGGUGAGGUUGUUCAAUAAGCCUCCAGCUAUGGACAAUCAUGUUUUUAGUAGAAUUGGGGCGGGGACUGGUUUUUCGUGAUUAAAGUACAGGGGUAUUUUUAAAAAAAAAAAAAUAAAUUCUGCAAAUUUAAGAACUUAAGUGCAGGUGCUGAAGAAAGGGGUGCUUGUACUCUAGGAACUGGAACAGAGAAUCCCCAGGGGAAGGGGAGAGCCAGCUGCUGCCAACCCCUGGAGUUUUUGGCUUCUCAGACUGACCGCUACGCAGCUGUGCUGGCUUGUCACUUCCCGUUGCGCCCCUGAGCCUUUCCUAACCAACGUUAGCCAACCCGAGUCCUGUAGCGAGAGGCUGGUCUCCCUUUUGUCUCGGCUUCCUCUCAGGUACAGCACUGCUCCCCCUAACCUCGCAGGUUCCUCCGAAGCCCCAGUGGGAGAGUGCUUAUUCUUACCUCUUUGCUCACACCGGUUUUGGCCCCUAACAUUUACUGGAGCUCCAUACUGUAAAGAUGCUGCCUCUCUAUAGCUGUAUUAUCUCUGAGCAUCCUGGUGUUCCUGGGGGAGAGGUGCAGGAAGGUGCUUUGGCUGCCAAGGAGGGUGGGAGGGAUGCUGCCAUUCACCAGUUUGAGAAUCCAUGUGCUCUGCUCCUGCCCGGCCCACUUUACUGCCACCCUUGAGUUACCAGAGGUUCAAAAUCCAUGCUGGAAACGCUGCUGUUCUGAUCAGUGCUCUGAUACCAGGGUGUGUUCAGCAAAGAUAUGGCAAAACUACCUGGAAGUGAGGCCGACGCCUCCUGUGCAAUUCAAAGGUUAAAUGCUAUGCUGUCCUGUAUCACGCUGCAGCCUGUAUCGUCGUUCCCAGGUUAAGCACAGAGUGUAUUUAGUCCUACCUUGGUCUUGGCUGUGACAGAAUCCCAGACACAUAAGGCAAUGGAGUCUAGUAACUGAGCAAAACAGCAUUAAACAUCUCUGUCUGCCUGUCCCUGACCUGACCUGGCGUGUUGUUCAGUGCGAUUUCUUUUGUGACUCUGAAUCUGUCAUUAGCUGAACUUACAGGUUCGCAAAUGAUGAGGAAGUUAUUUUGGCAAAAAGUAUCUUUCUCGUCCUGCAGUCGCAACGCUUCCGAUGUGUGUGAAGAGAAGCGUUUGAAGUAUUGCCAUCCACAUUAGUUACGUCAGAUCCAACCAUGUGCUCCUCUUUCAGCGCGCGUUUCUGUCUGUCCUUGUCCGUACGCAGCUGUGUGGGCAAGGCCUUAGGCUGUGCAGGCAAAGCUACUGACGUGUCCCUGCGGGUUCGUACUGGCACUGUGGCUUAGACCAGGUGGAGGUAGGAGGACGGGAACUCGGGAUAAUGUAAAAAGCGAAAUGUGAGCUUACGGGAAGCUUACUCUUCAUGAAGCACAAAGGUACUUUGUUUCUAAAUAACCUUUAUCUAGAGUACAUCUCCUAGUGAGCCUGGUCUUAAGUGCUCUGAGAAUGAAAAGAUUUUAGCACAUUCUCUAUUUUACAAUAUUCUUGCUACAUUUUCCUAUCCCAUUCGUAUUGCAGGAUGCUGGGAAGUCAGUAAGAACCUGGCAGAUGCUGAGGAAUUUUGUUGUUGUUGUUUAAGCUUUUUUGAGAGUGGAUUUUUUAAGAAAACUUCUUGGCUUUUGAACUCUGUGUGUGUGCGAAGUUGAAUACUGAGAGGAAGGAUUGUCACACGUGUACUGCUGCUGUGGACUGAACUCGGGAGCACUGAAGUUCUGGACUUCACUGUUGAUCAUUGAUUGAUCUUUUUCCAUGUACAAAAGGUAGCAGGUUGGCCUUAACAGAAAAAAAAAAAACCUUUACUAUGUUGUAAAAUUGAAUUAACUCUAUUUUUGCCAUUUCCUGGCACCCCGUGGGUACUGUUGUUGCUGCGCUGUGGUCCCAAAUGGGUCACUGGGACCUCCUCACACCAUGAGCUCUCCAGCAUCUGCCUUCCCUCCGCCACGGUUCCCUCUUCUGGAAUCUCACGGGAGCUUCCCUUGAGUGGAGAGAGAUGUCUUUAUGCUCCUUUUAUCAUGGAUGUGCGCUAAUGUUUACAGUUUUGCUUCAUUUCACAUGUUGCAAGUGUUUUAUUGACAAGUGACACAGUCUGUGAGGGUACCUGGUCGUUCCUGUGUGGCAAGGGCUGCUUUACCGCCUGGUUAGUCGGGGUAGGUCCGCCCCUCUCCCGCUGCUUUGCUGACGGCUUCCGUUUCUUCUCCGGGUAUGUUCUCUGUGGGAGACGGGCCAUUCUUAACCCAACCUACGUACCUAUGUCCUCGCCUUCCUGAAGGUGAUGCACCUACAUUGGGGACAUCCCCAAUCUGUAGCCACGCAGCAGGUUACACAGAAGUACUCACAUACACGCUGAGGCAGAGACGGAUAUUAUUUCUUUUUUGACAUUCUGGAUAACUUGUGCGCUAUCUUGGGGGGGGGGGGGGGCGGGGAAUUGAGGUGUGCUUUUAGCGCUUCUCUGUACUUGGUUGUUUCAGUAUUCGAUGGGUACAGGAGAGACAAGAAUAAAUCCAUGCCGGCGAGGGAAAAAGUCCCUAGCUUGUUGGCACAAGGAGCCCAACGGCUCAAUUAAAUAAAAGGUGUCUUCUUCCACACGCAGCAGUGAGAAGAAGGUGGCAGCAGUAGUAAAGACGACAAAUUACUUGUUGUGGUAAGCAUUUUCAUGAUGGGGCAAAAGCCUUGAGUGUCUGGUGUGUUGCUGCAGUUAACGGACCAGCAGCUGCACCAUGUGUUUUGGUCACUUGGUCCCUUUGUUAUAUUAGUCGCAUUUUAGGGUCUUAGAUCUGACAAGUCAGCAAGAAUUUGUACCAUCUUCUCCCCCACUGACUGAGCACGUGUUUAGAAAAUUUAUCACAUGUCUCUUUCCUCUCGAAACACUCUUUUGGGGUCCUGUGGUCAGAGCUGGGACAGGCCCCGUGGGAGUCACCGAAGGGCGGGUAAGCUCAGAUGGCAGCAUUCUUACAGACUUGAGUGCCAGGCUACGCUUGCUCUGUUACAGGUGUGAAAUUGAAAAUGGAAAGGUUGUUUUUUUUUUUAAUUCCCUAUCUUCAAGUGUAUUAAAAGUUAUCCUAAACUGCAGGAUCUGAUUACCCCAAACCGCAUGAUAUGACCUGUCUUUAGUGGAUUUCUUGCAGCUGGCAGAUGAAAGGUGUUAGCUGCAUACUUACAAAAGGGCGUAUGGAAUUACUCUCACUUGUGUUGCUUAUCCCCUUCCCAAAAGUGCCUCAAUAUCUGUCCUCGAGUGGCCUGUACCUUAAUAAAGUCUCUACCUUAGACCCAGUCUUUCUUCACUUUCUCCUUGUCUGCAGCGCUCCCUAAAGCUGAGAUGCUAAAACAGCAGAGGACUGAAUCUACCAAAAAUAAAAAGUGUUAAAUACUUAAGGAACUUGCAGCGGGUAGCACACUAAAUAAGGAGGUGGCAAGGAAAAGGCUUUCAAGAUAAGGUGCAACUUUCAGGCCUUGUGGUGGGGAGCUGGGCAAGCUCUUUCUUCAGCAAGCAUUCCUGGAAUAACAGGCUGGGAGCAAAGACUGAAACCCAGAAUACCUCUGUUGCUUAAAAGCCCAAACCACAGACACAAAGCCACGUCCCUGCGUGGUGCGGCCAUGUGCUGUGCGAGAGCCUGCUGGAGUCCUGCUGCGGCCUGCGUCCCGCAGACUGCAGCUGGCAGAGCUGUGCCCAGCUGCUCAGCUACAGUAGACAGUACACAGGGUGCACACAGAGGGGCAGCUUGAAAACUUACGCUUUUGGUCCUUGUCAGGCUAGGUGGAUGCUGAGUAGGGGCUGUCAGGGUGAUAAUUCGGCUGCUGAAAAAUACUGAAAAUAACUUAGAUCUAAAAAUACUAGGCCUGGCCCAAUGAAACAAGCUCAAGACAAGAAAGCAAUAGUUCUGCAGCCUUUUGUCUGGUCAGAUGUGACUCAUUAAGCAGCUGCCUGCUCCAGGUACUCACCAGUCUGAGCUGACGCUCCUAGCAUAGAGCCAGACGAUGCAGUGGACGCGUAUUCUCUGUUUAGUGUUGCGCCUGGUUUUGGACCCCAGUUUAACUUCUGGCUGGCAGUGAAGUGCCUGUUGUUGUGGUGUUUGCAGUUGGUUGUUUCUUUCUUAACCUGCCUUCUAGAAAGCAAAUUGCUACAGCUAGACUCCAUCCUUGCUGCUUGCGAGGGCUUGAUCAUUUUUUCUUUUUUUCCUCAUCCUGGCUGCAGGCUGUGCUCAGGGUGGCUGCAGCACAAGCAAUGGUUGAAAGGUGUAGUGCCGAGUGCUCUUGCAUAAGGCAAGGUCUGUUGCCAGAAUCCCAUUUCCUUCCUUUUCAUGUAGCGCUGAUCACAGCUAGGCUAACACUUUGGACUGGAUAUUUUUUAAAACUAAUCAAUGCUUUCUAAUGGUCAUAAAUGAAAAGUUUCACUAGUGCUAAACAAAUGAGAUUCUGAAGUUAGUUUAGUCUUUUUUCUCAUUUUGAUAAUUGUAAUAGAGAAAGCAAUCUGAGGAUAUAAGCCUUCCUUACAUUUAAUUUCAGCAACAGUGCUAUGGCAGUACUAGCAAAGCCUUAGUAAGGUAGAUGUUGCUAUUCUGGCAAAAAAAAAUAGAAGCGCUUCUGGCAGCAUAGUCUCAUUCACUGAACGUGAGCAAGCUCAUGCUACAGAAUAAAAGUGUAAUUACUGGAAGAUGUUGCUGUGAACCCUGCUGGGGUAUAGAGGCAUGACCACAGCACCAGCUGCCAUGCCAAGGGAGAGCCCAGGGCUUCAGUAGAACAUCUCAUUCCAGGCAUGACACAUACUGCAGGUCAACUCAGUUUCCCAGUGAAACACAAGAAAGGCAAGGCACAUUAUCUCCUGUACCUAUUGGAGGCAGAAGCUGUGCAUGACUUAAAUUUGGCUUGGACUACUUAAUUCCAGCACUAGGAAGGUCACAAGAACAGUAUUGCUUUGACUCCAUGUAUGCAUCUGUGCUUCAACGUACAAGCUCUGUAUUGCUGUUAAAAAAAACAGGGGGGGAGUAUUUAUAGGGUUUAAGCCACCCCACAUGACGCUGGUGGAGCUAGCGCUCAGGCCCCUGGGGGGCAGGGACUGCAGGGCUCACCCCAGCCUCUGCUGAAGUGGGCUCUCCUGCCUCAGGUCCUUGCCUGGGGAAUGAGCACUGCACCUGCCUGGAGGGGGGUCAGCUGUAGUGUCACCAAUACAUCUGGGGAAACCACAGCACAACAUUGCUCCACUCCACUGCCUUCAGUUAAAUAACUUUAUUGCUUUUUUUCCUACUUAGAGCUGACCCUCUCUGGUCUCUUAGGUAGGCUGACAUGCUUCCUCCUAGCUAGAGGACUAUGGUUAUGCUGUAGAAGUGGGGGAAGCUACAGUUAGCUUCCAGUAGAAGCUGCUUUUGCUCUCCUUGCAGUAUCUGCAGAGGAGGGAAGGAACGCUAUCACUUUGGACAGAACAAGCUGCAGAGGAUGCAUCUUACUGCUACAUCUUUAGGGGGUCUCUCCCCAUUUUUAACUUGCAUUAUAAGCUUUUAUUCAAGUGUAAAGCUAAAACCCACUCUGACCAAAAGAAUGCCACUUGAUUGGUUAAGUAGCAAAGACUAAUGGGACUGACUCUGAAGCAUGUGCACAUCAGGGGAUGUUUUCUACUAGGCUUCUGCUAGGUGUAAGCAGGUAGUGAUGGGCUUGCAGGGAUUUUAGUCUCUGUUCUCAAGGGGCUUGCCUGGGGGAAGAGACCCUGACUGGUCCUCAAGUCACCCAUUAUCCAAGGAACUGGUCAUAUUGUUCCUUUUAAUAUGCAAGUGCAGCCCUCUUGGGGAAAACUGUCUAAAGCUUCUUGUGCCAUUUGGUUAAUAAGUGUUUCCACCUUUAAAAGAAAGUUCUUUCCAGCUUCAUUGUUCUAUAUUCAAAGUGAAGGGGUAUGUACAUUUUUUCCCUCUGCUAAUGGGACACUGCUGUAAGACCAUGCCCCCAGGUUGCACUUUAAUAAACGGUACAGUUUUCAAAAACUAA